GUUAAACGCGGCACGGAAGCCAGAGCAGAAACACAUGGGUGCUGGAUUCAAGCGGACUGAGGACGCAAAUAAAGAUGUUUUAAUGCAGAUGUGAAGCGCACUUAUGUAGCGUUAGUGUCUGUUUGCACCAUGAUAUACUCUCGUCUAUGAAGGUUAUUAAUCAUUAAGAGAUGGAGACAGCAGCUCUGGUGGCUCCAGUCACAGCUGUGGAGUUCCUUCAGGAUGCAUUUCUGCUGACAGGUGAGGGUCCAGUCUUGACGGUGUACAGUCUCCACCCUCGUCCUAAAGCCUGUGCCUCCCUGAGUGUGCUCCAGCACUACAGAAUUCACGGGAUAAGACCUAGAAGUCUGACGGCUGUCCCAGCACAGAGCUCUGCUGUAGGAACACAUGGGAAUAAGAAUGAUGAACCAAGCUCCAACUCGAGCUCCACCUUCUAUGACCUCGCAGUGUUUGGAGGCAAGGCUGUGAGGCUAAUGAGGCUCCAUGUGGAUCUCCAGGAUGACGAGCAUCUGUGCUUGGAGACUCUGGGUCCCCUCAUGGAGCUACGGGACUGGGCCCUGGAUGUCCGCUGGCUCUCUGGAGACAAACACUCACUGCUCUGCGUGGCUGUAGCCCACAAUAGUGCUCUCCUCCUGGAUGUCACUACAGGAAAAGCCCUGGUGCAGCGCUCCUGUCUGGAGGGGUGUCUGCUGUACUCUGCCCUACUUCUGGUGCAUGAAUCCUGGGCGGAUACCAUCCUAGUUGGAGGGACUGUUUUCAAUCAGCUGGUUCUCUGGAAGCCUGGAGGAGGAGACAACAGCAAUGAAUCUGAGCACAAAGCUCCAGUUGAGAAGCGUCUGCUGGGCCACAGCGGGGUCAUCUUCAGCAUCUCUUACCUCCAGGAGAAAGGAUGGCUGGCUUCAGCCUCUGAUGACCGCAGCGUAAGGGUUUGGGGUGUUGGCACUUUAGGGGGUCCUGGAGGGAAAUGUGGGGACUUGAACCCGGCUUGUUUGAGGGUCCUAUAUGGACACCAGGCUAGGGUAUUCUCGGUGCGUGUUUCUUCGGGUAAUGUGUUCAGUGCGGGUGAAGACGGGGCCUGUUUGGUUUGGGACUGGGCUGGAGGUGGCAAGGUGGUUCGGACGUUGAAGGGACACCGAGCAGGUGGGGUUCGUGCACUUGCAGUCAGUGAGGGAACAGGAGAUGAAGGGAGGUGGGUGGCUACAGGGGGGGCAGAUGGAGGGGUGAGGUUGUGGAGGGUGGAAGGGAGUGAGGAGAGAGAGGAGAGAACAGAGGAAGCUGUCACAGAGAAGCUAACCGACUUAAAAUUUCCUGGUCAAGGCUUGCCUAAAGCAGUUUGUAUAGCAGGGGAUAAAAACGCAAGUUGGAGUCAGAUUAAGUUUGUGGUUUGCACUGACCAGGGAACAGUUUAUCAGUACAGUGAUGGGCAGUGGGAGCUGGUAUGGCAAGGCACUCCUGAGUUUCAGUCUUAUUGUGUGAUGGAAUUAACAACCGUCAACAUAAAAGACUCAGCAGCAAAAGUUAAUUUGUGUGCUGUGGGAAACCUUAGCGGUUCCAUACAGGUCUUCCCCAUCUCUCAUCCUCAGUGUGGGAUUCUUCUCCCAGGUGGGUCAGGGAAGAUCCAUAGUCUCAUUUGGCAAGAGGCAAAGGAAGGCUUGUAUCUGCUAGCAUCAGGUGCUGAAGGACUUGUCUGUCGCUGGUGCGUAGAGGCAGAAUUAGAUGAAAACUCUUCCUUGGCUCUCAGUGUAAAUCCCUUGUCUCCUUUCCUCCUUCCUCCUUGUGCCAAACGCUGGCUGACAGCUGCAGUGCGCCUCCACUCCACGUCACAGGGGUUGCUGUGGGUGUGCGGGGACAGGAGAGGGUCCCUGCUUUUGUUUCAGGAAGAAGCAAAGCUGGAGCAAAAGAUGGGAGAUGAAAAAAGGGUGGAUGAAGGCUCGCUGACAGGCAGGAAACAAACUGAUGAUGAGUGGACUGAGGAAAAUGGAAGCGGUGGAAACAGAAAAGGUGAAAUGAUGGAGGAGAGAGGUGGCCUAAAGCUGCACCCACUGAGCUGCCUGUUUGGGGUGCAUGGAAAACAGGGUGUAACUUCUGUGUAUGAAUACCAGGGACUGCUCUACAGCACUGGCAGGGACGGCUGUGUGAGGGUCUUCAGAGUGAAUCUAACAACACCAGGAAAUCUUAGAGAGAAGAGUAAUGGAGCGAGUGUUGAGAACAAAGGAGGGCUUCAGCUGGAGGUUCUCAGAGUCCAGCGGGCCUGUAAGGGUAUGGAGUGGCUGGAGAGGGUUUUGAUUCUUGAACCUGACAUUCCUGUGGAAGAGGAGGAGGAGGAGGAAGAGCCUGGAGAGGAAUGCGAGAAACUUAAUUUGACAGAAAAGCUGGAGGUUACAGAGGAGAGAAAGGAGGAGGGGAGCUUCAGAGGAGAAAAGACAGAGAACAAGGGAAGAGAAGCCAAGUUUGCCAUUGUUGGCUUUCAUGCUGUUCACUUUGUGGUGUGGGACCCGGUGAGGCAGGAGAGGCUGUUAGCGGUGCCUUGUGGUGGGGGGCAUCGCUCCUGGUGUCUCUGGCCGUCCCACAAAGGGGUUUGGCCUGGAUAUGGAGCUCUGGUCUUCAUUAAGCAGGGGGCUGUCUUGGCUUCGCAGCCCCCUGGAGAGGCACCGAGCUGGGCUGGGAAGGCAGGAAGGACUGGAGGAUGGAGCCUGAGAGAGGGCGUCCAUGGGAGGGGGAUCGGGUGUGUUUGCAGGCUGGGGACGAUAAGGGGAACUGGGAAUGAGAUUCAAACAAACAGUAGUGGAGAUUUGACUGAAACUGAGGGAAGGGAUGGGCUCGAAGAUGAAGUAAAGGACAGAGAGGAGGGGCAUUGGGAGAUAGUGGUGACAGGAGGAGAGGACACCAGCUUAACUGUCUUGGCGGUACAUCCCAACUCUGGCAGCAUCAGAGUUCUCUCAGUUAUUACUGACCACAUCUCAAGCGUUCGGACAGUGACAGCAGUGACACGUUCAGAGGGAGGAAGUGAAAAUCAGACACAGUCUCUCUCUGCCCUGCUCGUGUCAGCUGGCGGGCGAGCUCAGAUGCAGUGCUACCGGUUGUUAAUCGGCUGGGACAGGCAGAGACUGGUUCCCUCCUGCCAGGUGAUCCAGGUGGCCAGUCACCGAUUGGACGAACAGUGGGAGAGGAGGCGGAACCGACACAAGACGGUGAAAGUGGACCCAGAAACAAGGUACAUGUCUGUAGGGGUGGUGGAUGAGAAGACAGACUGUGCUCUGCUGGCUCUGGCCUGCAGUGACGGAGCUCUCAGAUUGUUCUCAGUCAGUGAAGUUAAACAUCAAAUUGAUUUGUUGUGGGAGACGUUUUACCACCAGCGCUGUGUGCUCAGCGUUUCCGCCUGCAGCCUGGAGGAUGGAAAAGGAAACAGGUAUAAGCUGCUGUUUAGUGCCGCAACAGAUGGCAGAAUUGCAGUGUGGGAUAUGACUGAUGCUUCUUCUUUAUCAACCACUACUUCGAGCAGUGCUCCAACUCCACCAAUCCCCUGCCUCGAUAUUCACGCCCACCAGAGCGGCGUCAACUCAUUGGCUGUUUGGGCAGAGAAACUGGGACAACAAGAGGGCGGUUGCCUGGUAACUGUUGCUAGCGGUGGGGAUGAUGGGCAGCUGACAGUGUCCACGAUCAGGGUGCAGUACCCAGAGGAUGGAGAGACUGGGGGCAGCAGAGGGAUUUCUCAGAUUUCUGAUCAAGUGAUUUCUCAACAAACCCAGUUCCAAAUCCCAAACCAGCUUCAUCUCCAUCUCCACUCCCAGUCCCACAUCCCGCUGGCUCACGCCGCCCCGCUGACUGCUCUGAAACUCCUGAGCCCAGGCCUGGUGGUCUCCACUUCGUCAGAUCAGAGGGUUUGCCUGUGGAGGGUCAGCACUACCAGUAUCAGCCACGCUGGGGCGCUGUGUUCACAUGUUGCAGAUGCUGCAGGACUGGCAGUGUGGGAAGGGCAGAUGAUUGAGGAGGAGGGAAAUGAAAAGAGGGAAACAAGAUUUGAGCCUGAGCAGGAGAUUGUAAUUUGGAGAGGGAAGAGAAAUCAGACAGGAUUAAAGACGCUGUGUAAGACAGCAGCACAGUUCAAUACAGAUAAGCAAACACUGGGCGAGGCCGAGGAUGGAGGACCUGUUGAAGCCAUGAGCGAGACAGGUGACCCAGUUUGUCAAACCAGUGAUGAGAAGGGAGGAGAGACAGCUGGUGAAUGUAGAAAUCAAACAGAGACUGACAGCGUGGGUGAGACAGAGAGUGAGGUAAACACUGAGACGGGUUUCAAGGCUUCCUGUGAGAGCAAGAAAACAAAGAUGGGAUGGGUGCUGGUCUGCGGUCAGGGCUUCCAGCUACUACGGGUCCAAAAUACAGAGAUGGAUGCAGAGGUGUGGGCUGCAGGAGGAGAAAAGGAGAAGGUGGAUCACAGAGUUAAAGUGACUUUGCCGGUAAAGUCAACAUAAGUGGAAUAAAAAGAUAGCAGUGGUCCAAACAAUCACUUUCUCUAUGGACACAAUUAAAAAUAUAUAUUUAUGAAUGAGCUGUAAAAUUCAUUUGUAACAGCUGCAUGAAUUGAUAUCAAAUGAAUGUUACUUUGGUAAUUUUUUAAAUUACAUUUUUAAUAAAGUUUAUUUAUUGUC